CAUAGUUGGGAUGCCCAACGCCACUUCUGCAUGAGCGUUGGAGAGGCUGGGAUCUGGCAUGCAUUGGUUGCUAAAGAUGUGAAAAUGGCGGAGUUACAAAUGCUUUUGGAAGAGGAGAUUCCAGCUGGACGUAGUGCUUUAUUAGAUAGUUUUACCAAUUUAGAAAGAGUUGCCGAGUAUUGCGAAAGCAACUAUGUUCAGUCACCAGAUAAGCACAGAGCGUUGGAGGAGACUAAGAACUACACCACCCAGUCCCUGGCCAGCGUAGCCUACCUGAUCAACACCUUGGCCAACAAUGUCCUGCAGAUGCUUGACAUUCAGGCCUCCCAGCUCCGCCGCAUGGAGUCCUCCAUCAACCACAUCUCACAGACAGUGGACAUCCACAAAGAGAAAGUGGCAAGGCGGGAGAUUGGCAUCCUGACCACCAAUAAGAACACCUCUCGCACGCACAAGAUCAUUGCUCCGGCCAAUCCAGAGAGGCCGGUGCGUUACAUCCGCAAGCCAAUCGACUACAGCCUGCUGGAUGACAUGGGCCACGGAGUCAAGUGGUUGCUAAGGUUUAAGGCCAGUGCUCAGAACAUGAAGGCUGGAGCCGCAGGUCUCCCUCGCACCAACCCACCCACACAGAAGCCGCCCAGCCCACCCAUGUCAGGGAAGGGAACCAUUGGGCGCCACUCCCCCUAUAGGACACUCGAGCCGGUGCGUCCUCCCGUUGUCCCUAACGACUACGUCUCGAGCCCGACGCGCCAUGGCAACAUGGCGCCCCCACAGCAGAGCCCUGCACGCACUGCGUCUGUUAAUCAGAGGAACCGCACGUACAGCAGUGGCAGCAGUGGAGGCAGCCACCCCAGCAGCAGCAGCCGCAGCAGCAGCAGAGAGAAUAGCGGCAGCGGCUCCGUGGGCUUGCCUAUCGCCGUGCCAACGCCUGCCCCGCCCCCCACAGCAUUCCCAGAUGGUGCAGGUACCGCCCCUGCCCUUCCCAACCCUGCUAAGCCACCUCCCACUACCACCACUACUCCCGUCCCACCUGAUGGCCUCCCUGUACUCUCUCUAGCUCCUAACCCCUCCCCCACCCCCCCUCCUGAGGGUCCACCUGUGCCCCCUCCCCCACCCCAGCUCCCCACUGCUGUCACUAGCACCGGCCCUGCUGCUUUCAGCACCCCUGCACAAGGUGCCCCCCAGUUCUUCAGCAUGAACCGACCGGUGCAACCACAGAACCCUCCUGCGGUGGGGGGGUCUCUGCCGUACCGCCGGCCCGCGUCAUUGACGGGCCAGCCCAACUCCAACAUGCCCCUGGUCCUAAACCAGCCUCAACCCAACGGAGGACCCCACUUCAACCAGGUCCCAGCAGGUCCUCUUGUUGCCCCCCCUCCCCCCUCCAUGCAGAUCACUCCCCAGCUCCCUCUGAUGGGCUUUGUGGCUCGGGUACAGGAGACCAUCUCAGACGUGCCCCCUCCCCCGCCUCCCGUAGAAGAAGCUGUGUUUGAGGAACCCACCCCACCCCCUCCACCUCCAGAGGACUAUGAGGAUGAUGAGGAGGAGGAAGAGUCAGCUGUGGUGGAGUACAGUGAUCCCUACGCAGAGGAGGACCCCCCGUGGGCCCCACGCACCUACAUGGAGAAAGUGGUGGCGAUCUACGACUACGCGGCGGACAAGGAGGACGAGCUGUCCUUCAACGAGGGCGCCAUCAUCUACGUCAUCAAGAAGAACGACGACGGCUGGUACGAAGGAACAAUGAGUGGCACCACCGGCCUCUUCCCCGGGAACUACGUCGAGUCCAUCAUGCACUAUGUCGACUGAGGAAGAGGUUAUAGGAAGGUCAAAGACUUUGUUAGGCAGAGCAUGAUCACGUUGAGGAAGUCAACGAGGAAGAGACAAGCGUUCAUGAAGAGUAUACAACUAUCCUCAACCGGUCUACCAGAUGAAGUACAUUGUACAACGGCCACUUGUAGAUAUUCCCUGUGUUUUUGAAUGAUAUGAGACUGUAUGGUGGUGGUUUUUGUAUGUACUAUUAGGGCUUCAUUUUGUCUUUACUAUUAUUAUAAGGAAGGCCACAAGGAUUAUUGUGAUUUAAAAAAAAAAAAAUCUCAUUUCCUUUUGCCGUUUUGCGCUUAUUUUAACAUUUUUUAUUUAUUUGGACCAUGUAUUAUAUAGGGAGGGAUGGUACGGCGGGCAGGGCUGCUGAUUUAAGGAUAGAAAUAGGUGUCAGAUGAUCCCGAUGAAGUUCUCUACUCUCAACCCAAGAGAAGACGCUAGAUGAGAAUGCUUUUUCCAAUAUUUUCUCUCCUGACAUUCCCAGAGCCUUUCUAGACUCAUAUUUUAUGUUAUUUAAAACCAGGAGCUCCUAUUGGUUAGUGGGAUGAGGAGAUGGACUGUUGCUCUUGAACUUUAUACGAUGUCAAGUUUGGCGACAUAACAAAGCUGACAGUCCCUGACAAGACAAGCACAUACUUUGUCUACAUUUGACAAAACAUAGACAUUAGUGGUGGGGAAAAAACUAUGAAACUGAUGUUUUUAGCUCUUCUGAACACCCAUUUUGAAACUCUCUUCAGUUUGGAUUCAGUAGUUAAUGAAUUGGUUCUGGCCCCAGGCUAGCUAGGGCAGCUUAGAACACUAGGGCUUAGAGCAUGCUCAGUCACUACUGCACUUGCCUCACGUCACAGGCCAGUUCUAGUAUCAGGAUAGAUAGGUAGAGCAGUGUUUCUCAACCUUUGCUCCCUGAGAUGGCUAGCUCUAAUUGAAGACGUUGGCUUCAAUGGCACAAAACAAGUUUGAGAAACACUGAGAUAGCCGUCUGGCCUAAAGUAGAAAGGAUAACUCAAAUUGCAAAAUUAGUGAGUCUUAAGUCACUGCCUCACUUUGUAAUCAAGACAGAGAAGAGAUUGACUUUGUCUGUCUUGGUAGAGGGACUGUCAGGAAGCCUCCUUUUAGGUAGACAAAUACUCUGCCACUCAUUUGCAUCAACGAUUUCGAUAUUUGAUUCUUAUUGUAGGGUGGCAGACUGCAUGUUUUUGGGAAAAAAAUGAUUCAUUAGUCUCCUUUUCUGCUAUAUUAUUCCUGUCUUAAUAUUUUAGAUAUGGUGUGGUUAUUGGUUUGGUUUUAAAUAUUCACCCAUAUUACCAUCAUUGACAGGUGGUUUCAUGACGCAUUUAUAGGAGGUGAUAAAGGAAGCUUGUGCCAUAUUGAAGUGUGUGAGUGCGCGUGUGUCUAAGGUAUCACUUCCAUUUGCAAUAAAAAUAGCCAGUGGGAUGGGUUUGAAAAUGUAGAUCUUUGAGUUUGGAAUUGAAAGCACAUACAUUUGUAGUAAGAUAGUUAAUUGUUACUGAAAUAAAAUGAUAAAAAGCUGUAUUACUGCCUCAGAUGAGGACUAAUUAAAAUGAGCAUAAAAGCCAGCCGUUGAUUGUAGAAAUUAACCAACAAACCGGCACCAAAACCUUUCAAUGGGUUCAUCAUGCUGAAACUGAUGCAUUGAGUGUUUGAGGUAGAAAUAUUAUUUCCAAUGUGCUUGUCUGUCAGUCAAAUCCUUUAUUUUUUAUUAAAAGUGGGUCUGUUCUUGCAUGCCAUUUAUCUUAAUACUGUAGUGGUGUCUGAAACCCAGUUGGCCCUUCAAGGCAGCCCCAGAACUGGACCCUAGGGGCACAGUCAGCAGAGCACAACUUUAUUGAAUAUUCAGAUAUGUUAUGUAGAAUAAACAUGCCUCUGACAUGUAGCAUAAGGACUCAUGUCAGCUCUAUUCAGGACAAUUCUAUCUGCAAUGUUCCACAACGCUGUGCAACGCWAAAUGCAACCCCAGGUACUACUAAACCAGCCUCAUCCAAAGACUAAAGUGUAAGCUAAAUCCAUGUCAACGUCUGAAGAUCAAUAAAGUUAUGGGAUUUGACUACUCCAGGAGGAGCCAUUCAUUUAAUGUGUAAAUGGAGAAUAUAAGUGUAAGAACAAGUGUUCUAUUCCCUCAGCCCAAGAUCUCUCUGGAUAUCAAGUUAAGUAAAACAGUCCAUGCCAUUGUGUUGCACAGUAAAAAAGUUUAACUUUAGAAAUAAAUAUCAUAUUUGUAAAACCAUGAGAACAAAAACCAAUAAAACAAUUAAGAUUUA